UCUGGGCGCAGCGCGGCGGCACUCGGGCGGGAGGGGGGAAGGCGGCUCUCCAGAAGAGCGGCUCCGGGGCCAGGCAGCGGCACUUCUUCUUCCCGACGCCCCCCCGGCUCUGCCAGGGUACGUGGGAUUCCCGGGGAAGCUGUGAAGCCACCGCCAGCCGCUCCGCUCCAGCCCCCCUCCCCCGCCUGAUCCUGCCCGCUCGUCUUGGAUUAUUAAACCAUGCGGGAUCUAGCUAUCGAGAUCGGGAUUCGAGUCCUGCUUUUCGGCGUCUUCGUUUUUACAGAGUUUUUGGACCCAUUCCAGAGAAUUAUUCAGCCAGAAGAGAUCUGGCUGUAUAAAAAUCCACUGGUAGAAUCUGACAACAUACCUACGCGUCUCAUGUUUGCCAUUUCAUUCCUGACACCCCUGGCUGUCAUUUUUGUGGUGAAAAUAAUCCGACGCACAGACAAGACUGAAAUUAAAGAAGCUUUGCUAGCUGUGUCCUUGGCUCUUGCUCUAAAUGGACUCUGCACGAAUACUAUUAAAUUAAUAGUGGGGAGACCGCGUCCCGAUUUCUUUUACCGCUGCUUUCCGGAUGGAAUAAUGAACUCUGAGAUGCACUGCACUGGUGAUGCAAAUGUUGUGUCAGAAGGGAGGAAAAGUUUUCCCAGCAUCCAUUCGUCCUUGUUGGAUGAAACCGAUUGUUCUGUCCCCCCACCUCAGUCUGGGAGUCACGAGAAAUGGCUCAGUUAG